ACCUUGGAUUAUUAGGAUGACACUCUAACCAACUGAGUUACCAGCAUGGCGCAGAUUGGAAUUCACGGAAUCGUCCUUUUGGUUUUUUCUCUGACAAAGUGUCUGGAAGGCACAAAACUGCUGGCGGACUUUAAAAAAUGUGCUGACUUGGAAUGUGAAACUUCAAUAUGCAGAGUCUUAGCCAUGAGAGAUUACAGAGGACCUGACUGCCUAUAUCUGAACUUCACUAAGGGAGAAGAAAUAUCUGUUUAUGUUAAACUUGCAGGAGAAAGGGAAGAUUUAUGGGCAGGAAGUAAAGGAAAGGAUUUUGGAUAUUUUCCCAGGGAUGCAGUCCAGAUUGAAGAGGUGUUUAUAUCUGAGGAAAUUCAAAUACCAACUAAAGAAUCUGAUUUUCUUUGUCUUCUUGGAGUAAGCUACACAUUUGAAAAUGAAGAUAGCGAGUUAAACAGUGAUGAUGGUGAAAAUAUAUACCCAUAUGAAGAAGAUAACGAUGAAAAAUCUAGUGUAGAUGACAAUUAUUUUCAGAGAGAAUCUAGAUUUUAUUCAGCUUCCGAAAGUACUUGGUAUGAAGACCAAUUUCCAACAUCAGAGACUCCUGAUGAUAUCAGAAAAACUGGUGACUCAGAAAAUGGGGAAGGAGUAGAAGCUGGAAGUGUGAAACCGGAUCCUAUUCCAGAAGUGGAUUAUGUCCCACCCUCCUCAGCUGUGCCCGAAGUGGAAGGAUGGUUUGGAUUUGGAAGGAAACAAGCAGAAGGGAUGCCUUUUGAAUCAGUAUUUGAACAAGAAAGCUCAUUUCAAAGUCGAAAAGUAGCAGUUGAAGAUGAGAAUGACCUAGAAGAAUUAAAUAAUGGUGAGCUUCAAACAGAACAUAAACAAGAACCUGAACCAGAAUUCAGUUCAGUGCCAAAGAAACAGUUCGAAGCAUCUGAGUCAGAACACAGUCUCAAUCCUGAAGCUACUGGUUGGUUUGGCAGUGGAUUUACCAGUUUUUUAGGUUUUGGAGGUGAGGAUACAGGGCCUGAAUUAUUGCCCCAAGAAAGCAAUCCAACACUACAAGAUGUUCCUAAUUCCAUAUCACCUGAGGAAGAACCCGCAGUUCCAUGUACAGAAAUAUUAUCAGAAAAAGAAGACAUAAUCACUAAUAAUGGCUCAAGUCUCAAACCAAAUUGGUUUGAUUUUGGUUUUAAUAUGCUAGGCUUUGCAUAUGCCAAUGAAGAUAAAAUUAUAACAUAUAAUGGACAGAAUGAAGAAGGAGGUAAAGGAGAUAAACAUGAACAUCCUCCAACAAGUAAAUUUGACCCUGAUGAGGAUCAAGAAAUAAGAAUUAAAAAAAUUAUGGAAAUUGAAGAUCAUUCAGGAAAGGAAGGAGUCGUAGAGAAAACAGAUGAUUCUGAUACCUUACCAUAUUUUAAAAACUUCUUGUAUAAUUUUGACAACCCUUGGAACUUUCAGAAGGAAACAGAAUUGCCAGCUCCCAAAACAAUACUGGAUGAAAAUAAUGUGUUUGAAAAUGAAGAAACAGAAGAAUUUUUAUUUGAAAAUGAUCCCACAGAUAUAAUCUCUCAAAUAGAGUUACCUAGAAUUCAUGAAGAUUUAUACUUUGAAAUGCUAUAUGAAAAUGAGGAUGAAGAAUUAAGAACGUCACUAGAUACUGAAGGGUCUACUCAUGAGGAAAUAGACACUUCUGUGGAAAAUACCCUGCCAAAUGCUCCGAUGUUUUCAACUGAUUUCUCUUUGUCUUCUCAAAAUUACAUUGCUCAAAAAGAAGAUGCUUCUGAGGGUCACAUUCUGAAAUUUUUAUUUCAAACUGAUGUUUAUGAUUGCAUGAAUGCUGCAUUUGCACCAAUCGGAAUUCUUAUAGAAAGGGUUGGGGCAGCAUUGCCUGAAGAUAUGAGAAAAGGUUCUGAUCCCUAUGGUUUUCCUUUGGAAUUACUGAUAUGUUCAGCUGUUGUUGGAUUUUUUGCUAUUUUCUUGUUUUUGUGGAGAAGUUUUCGAUCGAUUAGAAGCCGGCUUUAUGUGGAAAGAGAGAAAAAGCUUGCUGUAGAACUUUCUACACUAAUCGAAGAAAAAUGUAAACUACUUGAAAAAUUUAGCCUCGUACAAAAAGAGUAUGAAGGCUUAGAGUCAUUAAAGGCUUCCAGCUUUGAGAAGGAGUCAACAGAAGCUCAAAAUCUGGAGACAAUCUGUGAAAAGCUGAACAGUGCCAAAUCUGAAUCUGAGGAUAAAAUACUCUUUCUAGAAAAAGAGUUAAAGGAAGAGAAAUCUAAACAUUCUGAACAAGAUGAAUUGAUGGUGGAUAUUUCAAAAAGGAUACAGUCCUUAGAAGAUGAAUCAAAAUCACUCAAAUCACAAGUAGCUGAAGCCAAAACAACCUUCAAAAUAUUUCAAAUGAAUGAAGAACGACUCAAGGUAGCUAUAAAAGAUGCUUUGAGUGAAAAUUCCCAACUUCAGGAAAGCGAGAAACAGCUUUUACAAGAAGUUGAAGAAUGGAAAGAACAAGUUAAUGAACUUGAUAAACAGAAAAUAACUUUGGAAGACCACAAAGUAUAUACAACACAAGUUCUGUGUGAAAAAGAAAAUCAGAUCAAGUCUCUGACUGAACGCUUGCUAAAGAUGCAAGAUUGGGCUGCUGUGCUUGGAGAAGACUUAACGGAUGAUAACUUGGAAUUGGAAAUGAAGAGCGAUUCAGAAAAUGGUGCACCCUUAGAUAAUCACCCAAAAGGAGCAUUGCAGAAGCUGAUUCAUGCUGCUAAGUUGAAGGCUUCUUUAAAAACCCUCGAAGGAGAAAGAAACCAAAUAUACAUUCAAUUAAAUGAAGUAGAUAAAACAAAGGAAGAUCUUACAGAGUGUAUUAAAAAUCUCCAGACUGAACAAGCAUCUUUGCAGCCAGAAAAUGAACAUCUUGAAAAUGAGAUUCAAAAGCUUCAGCACAAACUUAAAGUAAUGACUGAACUAUAUCAAGAAAAUGAAAUGAUACUUCACAGGAAAUUAACAGUAGAAGAAAAUUACCGGUUAGAGAAAGAAGAAAAACUUUCUAAAGCAGAUGAAAAGAUCAGCCAUGCAGCUGAAGAGCUGGAGACCUAUAGAAAGCGAGCCAAAGAUCUUGAAGAAGAAUUGGAGAGAACUGUUCAUUCUUAUCAAGGGCAGAUUAUUUCUCAUGAGAAAAAAGCACAUGAUAAUUGGUUGGCAGCUCGUACUGCUGAAAGAAACCUCAAUGAUUUAAAGAAAGAAAAUUCUUACCUCAGACAAAAAUUAACUGAAACAGAGCUUAAAUUUGAACUUUUAGAAAAAGAUCCUUAUGCACUUGAUGUUCCAAAUACAGCAUUUGGCAGAGAGCAUUCCCCAUAUGGUCCCUCACCAUUGGGUCGACCUUCAUCUGAAACGAGAGCUUUUCUCUCCCCUCCAACUUUGUUGGAGGGUCCACUGAGACUCUCGCCUUUGCUUCCAGGGGGAGGAGGAAGAGGCUCAAGAGGUCCAGGGAAUCCUCAGGAGCAUCAGAUUCCUAAUGAAAGAGGAAAAUCAAGCUACGAUAAGUUAACUGAUCCUCACAGGGAACCUUCGGACACUGGGUCCCUUUCACCUCCAUGGGAACAGGAUCGUAAGAUGAUGAUUCCUCCAUCAGGCCAACCUUAUUCUGAUCCAGCUCUUCCUCCACAAAGGCAAGACAGGUUUUAUUCUAAUACUGGGAGAUUGUCUGGACCAGCAGAACUCAGAAGUUUUAUGCCAUCACUGGACAAAGCAGAUGGGCCACAGUCUUCGGAAAUGGAAUCUAGUGGAAAUGAGAGCAAAGACGAUCUUGGUAAUUUAAAUGUUCCUGAUGCAUCUCUCCCCACCAAAAGUGAAGCGUCUGGCCCUGGCUUUGUUCCUCCAAUCAGAGGUCCACUGUUUCCAAUGGAUGCAAGGGGCCCAUACAUGAGAAGAGGUCCUCCUUUUCCUCCACCUCCAGGAGGCAUGUAUGGAGCUCCUCGUGAUUAUUUUCCUCCAAGGGAUUUUCCUGGUCCACCACCUCCUCCGUUUGCAAUGAGAAAUGUCUACUCACCGAGAGCUUUUCCUUAUUAUCUUCCCCCAAGACCUGGAUUUUACCCCCCAAACCCACCCCCACCUCCACCUCUACCAUCACAUCCUGAACCUAAAAGUGAGGUCCCAUCAGGGUUGAUUCCGCCUUCAAAUGAGCCUACUACUAAUGAACAUCCAGAACCACAAGAAACUUGACAGUGGAUUUCAAGUGAACAUUUCUAUGAUACAUGAUCUGUACCAAAAGUAAUUUUGACUUUUCUCAUUUUCAGUUUAAGUAACGACUGUUACUUAAGUGACUAUACUUAUGCUCAAAUUGGAGCUUAAUGGAAUUACAUUCUCAGGAUAGUAUUUUGUAAAUA